AUGGCGAGUGAAAAGGAAAAUCAUGUCGACCAAGUGUCAGCCGCCAAUCGCGUCGGUGCAAACCACGACGCCCAACACGCUGCUUCAGAUGAAAAACAGAUGUCACUUUUCCAGGCCAUCAAGCUCUAUCCUAAGGCUGUAGGCUGGUCUGUCGUCUUGUCAAGUGCCCUCAUCAUGGAAGGCUACGAUCUUGCCUUGCUCGGUUCACUUUACGGGAGUCCCCAGUUCAACAUGAAGUACGGAGUACAAAAUCCCAAGACCGGAAAGUGGACGGUGCCGGCCAAUUGGCAGUCAGCCUUGUCCAACGGUGCUCGAGCCGGUGAAGUCAUCGGCCUCUUGGGGUGCGGGUUCGUCCAGGAAAGAUACGGUUACAAGAAGACCAUGAUAACAUCUCUCAUUGCUAUGACUGGUUUCAUCUUCAUCCUGUUUUUUGCGCCAAAUAUUCAGACAUUGGUCAUCGGAGAAGUCUUUUGCGGUAUUCCCUGGGGAAUCUUUCAGACGAUUACAACUCAGUAUGCUUCGGAAGUUAGUCCUGUUAAGCUGCGACCUCUCCUGACUACGUUCGUCAAUAUGUGUUGGGUCAUGGGUCAAUUCAUUGCCGCUGGAGUAAACCGAGGAUGCGUCACCCGAAAUGACCAAUGGGCAUACCGAAUUCCCUUUGCGAUUCAAUGGAUGUGGCCUGUACCCAUAGCACUCGGAGUUCUCUUUGCGCCCGAGAGCCCUUGGUGGCACAUCCGAAAAGGAAAUCGCGAAGCAGCUCGUGCAGCUCUUCUUCGACUUACAUCCCCUGAGAAAGAUCCCAAUUUCAACGCCGACGAGACGAUUGCUAUGAUCGAACACACUAACGAGAUGGAAAAGACAAUGCAACAGGGAACAUCCUAUCUUGACUGCUUCAAGGGUGUUGAUCUCAGAAGGACAGAGAUUGUGCUCUGCACGUGGUGGGCACAAACACUUUGCGGACAGAACAUCAUGGGAUAUUUUGCUUAUUUCAUGCAAAAGGCUGGCCUUCCGACCAUUCAGUCGUUCAACAUGUCCAUGAUCUCACUUGCUCUUGGCCUUGUUGGUACUAUGGGCUCAUGGUUCCUCAUGUCUCAUUUUGGCCGUCGUACGAUCCAUUUAAGUGGCGCAUGCAGUCUCUUUGUCAUUCUUAUCAUCGUUGGAUCUCUGAGCUUCGGCGGAACAGCGGCUUCCAAUUGGGCCAUCGGUGGCAUGCUCAUCUUGUUCGUGUUCAUCUAUGACUUCACCGUUGGGCCCGUUACCUAUUCGCUCGUGUCUGAAAUCCCUUCCACGAGGCUGAAGACCAAGACUAUCGUGAUGGCUCGAGCAUUAUACAACACCUCCAACAUUGUCGUCAACGUUCUUACGAAUUACCAGCUCGGCGAAUUGAACUGGAAUUGGGGAGCUAAGACAGCAUACUUCUGGGCUGGCACCUGCGGUAUUGUCUGCAUAUGGGUCUACUUCCGUCUCCCGGAACCGAGGAACAGGACAUAUGCAGAGCUAGACGCACUUUUCGAGCAGGGUGUUUCUGCUCGCAAAUUUGCAUCCACCCACGUUAACCCCUACGGACACGAAUUCACGCCUAUCACAAAAGAGGUGUCAAAUAGUGAUGCAAAAUUGGGGAGCUCAUAUUAUACGGAUGAACUCAUGAACCCGCCAUCUACAAGAAGAACUGUUGCCCAAGCCUGUGAUGCCUGCCGUCGCCGCAAGAUAAAAUGCAACGGUUUGCAGCCAUGUCCGGGAUGCGUCUCGGCCAAUUUGACCUGCUCCUUCAAGGUACCCCAGAAAAGAGGUGGAAACCAGGGUGCCCGAGCUACGGUACUGAACGAAUUGCGCAAUAAUCAGAACCGGGAGUCAUCGAAUGGAUCGAGUCCCUCGGAUGCAGAAAGAGCGCAAUCAGCGCAAAGUCCGGCGCCUUCCCCUGGAUCUAACAUCGGGCUCGAAACGAUCACCAUCGAUGCCUGCAUAGAUGCGUACCUUAGCCGCAUCCACCCCGUGGUACCUUUUCUAACCACAGAGGUCCUACGAGACGAAGCCAAGCACACAUCUGACUCUCUUCUUUCCCGGCAAUUCAUUGUCUCUUUCUGUGCCUAUGUGGUUACGUUCGGAAAAGUUUUGGACGAGGCAUUGCUUACGUCGUCCCAUACCUCAGAGCACGAGCUCGGGACACAGCUCCUCAAUGCAGCUCUUCGGAUCUCCAAUCCAGAACGAUUGACGAGCCCGAGCAAGCAGUCAAUAUUCAUUUCAUUCUUCUUGUACGGUGCGUAUGCAGGACUUGGGCAGUAUAGGCAGGGAUGGUUCUACUUGCGGGAAGCCACGACUCUGUUCAUGCUUCUCAGAUCCGACGACGAUCAGGCAUGGUAUUCCAAGAGUAUCCAUGAACGUUUGUUCUGGAUUCUUCUGAUAUCAGAACGAUCUCAUGGAAUCCGAAAAAAUCGUCCCAUUACACUGCAGUCCACUCAGGAAUUACCUAUAGCGGAUGACACUGAUGAACGCGGCCUCUAUUAUCUGGCUUCACUGUUCCGCCCCUUUGACGAAGUCUUCUUCGCCGUCUGGAAUGGAUCACGGCAGGACUGUAGCAAAGAAUGGUUACUUGGACUUGAACGCAGUGUACGCACUGCAUUACCCGAGGUUCUGGAGAUCUCGAACGAGCAGAUUGCGAACAUUAGAGUCUCGCAGUUGUGGCUCCAGGUCAAGUUGUGGGAGUUGUUCCCGCGUUUUGGUUUUCUUUCGAGUGAGUCUGUCUUCGAAUGUUUAACGUUUAGAUACCCAAUCAUGCUUGCACGAGAUGUAACAGUGCUGGCUAUGAAACUGCCAAUCGCUAGUCUGCAGGUGCAUGGUGUCGGAAUGACUGAAAAAUUAUUUGAUAUUGCAUGCGCUGUUGCAGAUAUUUUGCACUUCGUUACGAUAUCUACUUCUCAGUUCGAACUAGGCCCGGUUGAUUACCUCACUCAGAUGACUUCACUCCUUGCGAAACUUCCAGGAGGGUCCUCCAAAUUCGUGCCACUACUCCUUGCAAAAGUCAACGAAAUGCACCCCGAACUCGUGCACUCGCUUUGCGAAGCGAUUGAGAGGCCUGUAUCAGCACUGCAAGACCCAAUGAGCCCUGACUCGAAGUUCAUGUAUGAAGAAGAAGUUCGAAGAAGUUUGUACACAGAUCUUAGUCGGGGAAGAUAA